GCAUCCGGGCCGGGGGAGGGGGGGUCUCGGCCGGAGACCCCGACUCCUAGAGGCCGAGGCGGCCGGGCCUCCUCCCCCCGCGGCCGCUCCCGCCCUCGGGGCUGCGGGCGGUCCCCAGCCCCUUACGGCUCCGCUCCGGUUCCGGGACGCUGGGGGGUGGCCUCAGUUUCCCCUGACCUGGGCCACCCCGUUUCCUGAGGCCAGAGGAACGUCGCCCCCCGAGUAAGCCGCCCGUGCCCGGCCCGGGCAUGUCUCCUGCUCACCCCGGAGCCGCCCCUCGCUCUGGAUCCUGGGCCCAGGUCAGGUCUGGGAACCCCCCAUUCAAAUUCAGAUCCCCUCCCUGCUGUCAAGCGGCUUCCGCUGCUCCCCAGAUUGCUCCCGGGAGCCGCUGAUGCCCUGAUUUCUUCCAAUGUCGCCUACGGCCCCUUUGGUCUCAGCGCAGCCCCAGACUUCAAUGCAAAGGAAAAGUCUGGAUUGGUUUCACAGGCCUUUUAAAAAGCGGACCUGAAAGUUGCUGGCUGUGCAUUCCGGCUCCGGUGAGCUGUCGCUGAAGUCUGAGGGACCCGUGUCCUUUUCCGGAGAGCAGGCUGGGGAAGGAGAGCGGCAGGAAACUUGUUGGGAAGGUGGAGAAACUGAGAUAGGGUGUCGGUGACUUCCCCAGGAAAAGUUCUGGACAGCAGCCAAAGAAGACCCACAUUUCCUUUCUGCCUGGGGAUCGAAACGACUUUGGUGUUGUUGGUCCUCUUCUGCGUCCCCUCGGGACAUUUCUGUUGGAAGGUUUUCUUCUUGAAACAGCCUGUAAAAUAAACUUUUAAGAAAAAAAAAUCAAGAAACUUUGGGGGUAGACUUGCAGCUACAUUACUUCAAGAUUGAGGAACUGCAAAAAUAAUUGGAACGUCUGUUUACACGUGUCGACUCAAAACUUGGCUUCUUUUUGUAAUACAAGAUUGACCUCAUAUACUGGUGAAUGUGAAAUUCUGCAUAACUGUUUCCUCCCAAAGCCCACAGACCUUUCUGGAAGAUCUUGAACCCUUUUCUGGAAAGGGGUGCCUAUCAUUGCUUUAUGGGGCAGCAGCCUGGAAAAGUUCUUGGGGACCAGAGGAGGCCGAGUCUGCCUGCCCUGCACUUUAUCAAGGGCGCAGGAAAGAAGGAAUCAUCGAGGCAUGGGGGUCUACACUGCAAUGUUUUUGUGGAACACGAAGCCCUCCAGCGGCCAGUAGCAUCUGACUUUGAGCCUCAAGGCCUGAGCGAAGCUGCACGCUGGAACUCCAAGGAAAACCUUCUUGCGGGGCCCAGCGAAAAUGACCCCAACCUUUUCGUGGCACUGUAUGAUUUUGUGGCCAGUGGAGAUAACACUCUAAGCAUAACCAAAGGUGAAAAGCUCCGGGUCCUAGGCUACAAUCACAAUGGGGAAUGGUGUGAAGCCCAAACCAAAAAUGGUCAAGGAUGGGUCCCCAGCAACUACAUCACCCCAGUCAACAGCCUGGAGAAGCACUCCUGGUACCACGGGCCCGUGUCCCGCAACGCUGCCGAGUAUCUGCUGAGCAGCGGGAUCAACGGCAGCUUCCUGGUGCGGGAAAGCGAGAGCAGUCCUGGCCAGCGGUCCAUCUCGCUGAGAUACGAAGGGAGGGUGUACCACUACAGGAUCAACACUGCUUCUGAUGGCAAGCUCUACGUGUCCUCGGAGAGCCGCUUCAACACCCUGGCGGAGCUGGUUCACCACCACUCCACCGUGGCGGACGGGCUCAUCACCACACUCCACUACCCCGCCCCGAAGCGCAACAAGCCCACGGUGUACGGCGUGUCCCCCAACUAUGACAAGUGGGAGAUGGAGCGCACGGACAUCACCAUGAAGCACAAACUGGGCGGCGGCCAGUACGGGGAGGUGUACGAGGGUGUGUGGAAGAAGUACAGCCUCACCGUGGCCGUGAAGACCUUGAAGGAGGACACCAUGGAAGUGGAAGAGUUCCUGAAGGAGGCUGCGGUCAUGAAGGAGAUCAAGCACCCCAAUCUGGUGCAGCUGCUGGGGGUCUGCACCCGGGAGCCCCCGUUCUACAUCAUCACUGAGUUCAUGACCUACGGGAACCUGCUGGACUAUCUGCGCGAGUGUAACCGGCAGGAGGUGAGCGCAGUGGUUCUGCUCUACAUGGCCACUCAGAUCUCCUCCGCCAUGGAGUACCUGGAGAAGAAGAACUUCAUCCACAGAGAUCUUGCUGCCCGAAACUGCCUGGUAGGGGAAAACCACUUGGUGAAAGUGGCUGAUUUCGGCCUGAGCAGGUUAAUGACAGGGGACACCUACACAGCCCACGCUGGAGCCAAGUUCCCCAUCAAGUGGACCGCACCCGAGAGCCUGGCCUACAACAAGUUCUCCAUCAAGUCGGACGUGUGGGCAUUUGGAGUCUUGCUUUGGGAAAUUGCUACGUACGGCAUGUCACCUUACCCGGGAAUUGACCUGUCCCAGGUGUACGAGCUGCUGGAGAAAGACUACCGCAUGGAGCGCCCCGAAGGCUGCCCCGAGAAGGUCUACGAGCUUAUGCGCGCAUGUUGGCAGUGGAGCCCCUCUGACCGGCCGUCCUUUGCUGAAAUCCACCAGGCCUUCGAAACCAUGUUCCAGGAAUCCAGCAUUUCAGAUGAAGUGGAAAAGGAGCUGGGGAAACAAGGCGUGCGGGGCGCUGCCGGUGCCGUGCUACAGGCCCCGGAGCUGCCCACCAAGACCAGGACCUCCAGAAGAGCUGCUGAGCACAAAGACUCCGCUGACGUCCCCGACACACCCCACUCCCGGGGCCAGGGAGAGACUGAACCCCCGGACCACGAGCCUGCCGUGUCUCCUCUGCUCCCUCGCAAAGAGCGGGGCCCCCCCGAGGGCGGCCUGGCGGAGGACGAGCGCCUCCUGCCCAAAGACAGAAAGACCAACCUGUUUAGCGCCCUGAUAAAGAAGAAGAAGAAGAUGGCGCCAGCCCCACCCAAGCGCAGCAGCUCCUUCCGGGAGAUGGACGGGCAGCCGGAGCGCAGGGGCGCCGGGGAGGAGGACAGCCGGGAGAUCAGCAAUGGGGUGCCCGCGCUCGCCCUCUCCGAUGCAGCUGAGGCCACCAAGUCCCCGAAGUCCAGCAAUGGAGCGGGCGUCCCCAAUGGGGCCUUCCGGGAGGCGGGGGGCUCGGGCUUCCGGUCCCCGCCCCUGUGGAAGACCAGCACGCUCACCAGCAGCCGCCUGGCCGCCGGAGAAGACGAGGGCGGCGGUGGCGGUGGCGGCGGCGGCAGCAAGCGCUUCCUGCGCUCCUGCUCUGCCUCCUGCGUGCCCCACGGGGCCAGGGACACGGAGUGGAGGUCGGUCACGCUGCCUCGUGACCUCCAGUCCACGGGGAGGCAGUUUGACUCGUCCACUUUCGGAGGACACAAGAGUGAGAAGCCAGCCCUGCCCCGGAAACGAGCCAGCGAGCCCAGGUCGGAGCAGGGGGCCCGGGGCGUGACGCCGCCGCCCCGGCUGGGGAAGAGGGCCGAGGAGGCCACCGACGAGGUGCUCAAGGACCCAGCCGAGCCCAGCCCCGGCUCCAGCCCCCCAACCCUGACUCCCAAAGUCCUGCGUCGCCAGGCCACCACGCCGCCUGCCGGCCUGCCCCACAAGGAUGAGGCCGGGAAGGGCAGUGGCUUGGGGACCCCUGCUGCAGCUGAGCCAGUGUCCCCCAGCAGCAGAGCGGGUGCUCCCGGGGGCCCCAGCAAGGCACCCCCAGAGGAGUCCCGAGUGAGGAGGCACAAGCAGUGCUCCGACUCCCCGGGCCGAGACCGAGACCGGGGCAGGCUGUCGAAGCUCAAGCCCGCCCCGCCGCCGCCGCCACCCACCGCCUCGGGGAAGGCCGGGAAGCCCACGCAGAGCCCGGGCCACGAAGUGGCCGCCGAGGCGCCCUCCACCACCAAAGCAAGAGCCACAAGCCCAGCCGUGGAGGCUGCGAACAGCGAGGCUGCCAAACCCAGCCAGCUGGGAGAGGGCUUCAAGAAGCCUGCGCCCCCAUCUGUGCCAAAGCCACAGUCCGCCACCAAGCCACCAGGAGCUCCCACCAGCCCAGCCCCUGCGCCGAGCACCCUGCCAGCAGCCCCCUCCGCCCUGGCAGGGGACCCGUCCUCCACCGCCGCCUUCAUCCCCCUCAUUUCAACCCGUGUGUCUCUGCGGAAGACGCGCCAGCCCCCCGAGCGCCUCGCCAGCGGCGCCAUCACCAAAAGCGUGGUUCUGGACAGCACGGAGGCGCUGUGCCUGGCCAUCUCCAGGAACUCGGAGCAGAUGGCCAGCCACACCGCCGUGCUGGAGGCCGGCCAGAACCUCUACACGUUCUGUGUGAGCUACGUGGAUUCCAUCCAGCAGAUGAGGAACAAGUUUGCUUUCCGAGAGGCCAUCAACAAACUGGAGAACAACCUCCGGGAACUGCAGAUCUGCCCAGCACCUGCAGGCAGCGGCCCGGCCGCCACGCAGGACUUCAGCAAGCUCCUCAGCUCGGUGAAGGAGAUCAGCGACAUUGUGCAGAGGUAGCAGAAGCCAGCGGCCACGCCAGCCGGAGCCGCCUGCGGCCCCCAUGUGACCCACAGGACCAGCGAGCCGGCCCAGGCUGGGGCUCUGCACCAGGCCGAGCAGGGCCCCAGAGUCUAGCUACUACCUACACUGUGCACCAGCCACCCCGCACCACUCACCAGCCCGGCUCCCUGGGCCACCUGGGCCCGAGUAGCAUCUGUGGAGUUCCCGCCUGUAGCGCGGACGGUAGCUGCCACGCGGGGCUCACCGGGCUCUGCCCGGAGCCUCUCACCCAGCUGCGAGGCCCGCGAUGGCAGUUGUGCCUGGCGACUGUCUGUCUCCAUGGCUUCACACACACACACACACCAUGAAGAACCACCCUGGGUUGUGCACGGCAGCGCUGCCGGCCGGUUGCCCGCCCUCCCCUGCCCGGGCCCUGCGCCAGUGCUCCCCUGCCCUGAAGGACAGCUGUGGACUGGAGGGACUUGGGGUGCUAGGGCCACACAGCCGCAGGGGGGCGCUGAGGGCUGGAGCAGCCAUGGCAGGCAUCCGUCCUCUGCGGGACCGCACUGUGAAUCCUGGAUAGAAAGCUUGAGUCAGGGGUCCGGGCCUGGCCGGUGCCGGCCAAGCUCACCAGAGCACCAGGGACCCAUCUUGUACACACCUGGGUGCCCAGAAAGGUCUGGAUUUCUGACCCAUUCCCCUCCUUCCCCCAACUCUAAGAUAAAGCGGGUUCCUGUCGGGCCCUUCUGUGGCCUCCUGGAGCUCCAGGGCAGGAGGCUGGGGUGGCCAGCUCCAGGGCCUUGCCGCUGUGAGCAGCACCCAGAGCUGGCCACACUUAGCUCCUGGUUUCUGUCAAGUGAUCAGGGUGUGUUGGGAAAAACCACAAACACGGGAUACCCCAGGAAGCAAUCAGAAGUCCCGGGACUAGCCAGGAGCAGAGCCAAGGGCAGAGACUGGCACAGGAGCCGCUGUGGCCGUGGCUGCCAGCCGUGACCCCGAGCAGCCCUCCACAUGGGCCGGUGGCCAGGAGACACCUGUCACCCGGUGCCUCGGCGCCUCCUCCCACAGCCCAUCCAUCCGCCCUCCGGAGCCAUGUUUCCUUGGGGGGGGGGGGGGUCCACGUGGCCCGCACGGCAGCCCCAGGCAGGCAGUGCCACACCGCCAGCGGCCUUACAGACAAGCCAGAUGUCCCCCCAGGCACCAGACGCCCCCACCCGACCGCCAUGUCCUCCAGGUACUGGUCUCUUGUUAACACGACGUGCCACUAUAUUUUGCAUUUAUACUUUGGUAUUACACUCUUUUAUAGAUGUGCUCUUUUAUAAAUGACGUGUAAAUAGUGUCCCACCGAGCUCCCUUCUGGAAUGCGGCCGUGUCCCCCUUCUUUUCUUGGUCCAGUACAUUUUGUCCCUGUAUAUGACUGUGUUUUUGAAUUCAAAUCUCCCUCUGUAGUAUUUUUUGAAUAAAUACGUGUUUACAGAAUU